GAGUGUUCUCCUUCUCUACUGCAAGCAUGAUGGUUCCCUUUCUCUCCUGUUUCUCAGGAUAUAAUACCUCAGCCCCUGCUAGAUCAGUACGUGUCCAUGAUUGACCCAGCUCGAACCCAGACCGUCGAUACCGACAUCGCCAAACACUGUGCCUACAGCCUCCUGGGGGUGGCGCUGACACUGGGCAGGCAGAAUUGACACUGCCUGAAAGAUACGUACGAGACGCUGGCUUCCGACGUGCAGGUAAAAGGAGCCUUUUCAGGGGCAGGCACAGAAUAGGGUGGGUCAUCUAAUUAGGGAGAACGGGAAGCUGCGGCAGGGCUGCUCGCUGACCUGUAUUUUAUGUGGCCGCCAUUGGCUUGUUUACUGGUCUCUGAUCAAAUGAAGCUUUAAGUGGUCAACCCCUGGCAGUAUCAGUUUGGCUCCACAAAUGCCACUUAUGCUCUCGAUAACACUGAAUUAUGCUUGCCUUUUGUGGUCCGUAUGUCUCUGCGCACCCCCAGUGGAAGGUCCGUCAGACCUUAGCCUUCUCCAUCCACGAGCUGGCUGUGAUCCUUGGGGAUCAGUGCACGGCUGCCAACCUGCUGCCCAUCUUCAGUGGAUUUUUAAAGGACCUGGAUGAAGUACGCAUAGGAGUUCUGAAACACCUGUAUGACUUUCUAAAGUUGCUUCAUGAAGACAAGAGGAGAGAAUAUCUUUAUCAGCUUCAAGAAUUUGUAGUGACCGAUAACAGCAGGAAUUGGAGGUUUCGAUAUGGACUGACAGAACAGCUGAUAGUGAUUUUGGAACUCUAUAAUCCCAAUGCUGUUUAUGAUUAUUUCGUGCAUAUUGCCUUAAAGUUGUGUGCAGAUAAAGUUUCUGAAGUUCGGUGGAUCUCCUUCAAGCUAGUUGUAGCAAUUCUGCAGAAGUUCUAUUCCAACAGUGAAAGUGCGUUGGGGUUAAAUUUCAUCAAUGAACUCAUCCUAAGGUUCCGGCACUGUUCUAAGUGGGUCGGAAGGCAAGCGUUUGCUUUCAUUUGUCAGGCAGUGGUGAGCGAGGAGUGUACCCCUGUGGACCAGUUUGUUGAACACUUACUCCCCAGCCUUGUAAGCCUUGCAUCAGAUCCUGUGCCAAACGUAAGGGUUUUGCUAGCCAAAGCUCUAAAACAGACACUGUUGGAAAAGGUGUAUUUUAGAAAUGCCGGUAACCCUCAUCUUGAAGUCGUUGAAGAGACUGUCUUAGCUUUGCAGUCCGACGGGAACCAAGAUGUUUCCUUUUCUGCCACCCUAGAACCAAAGCGGCGGAAUAGUAUAGACACUACCAUGCUAGAAAACCAGAAUUAACCAGUCUGUGGUCACUCACAAUCUGGUCAUUUCAUGUGUGGCAUAUGCUGCUCACCAUACCUUGAAGGGGAACUGAUUGUAUCAUACCUGCCCAGGGAGGACAGAUUUCUGAAACUCUGAUGUUGUUGUGUUCAAAUGACCCCUUUCCCAUCUGCACUCACGGGAACUACUGCUGGGAUGGGCAGGAGUCCCAGGUGGCCCGGCCUGUGCUGCGCUCCUGUGCCCCUGCCUGCCUGAUCAGGAAAUCUGUUAAAAGGCUGCAGAACCAGGUGGCUCACUGAGGGUGGCGGGGGGGGGGGGGACCUCCAUGGCAUCAGACUGCCUGGGAGCGGUUUGUUUUCUCGAUUACAGACUAUAUUAUUUAACCCCCAGCCAACCCCUCCCCCCCAGAAAUAAAGUACGUUAUUAGAAGCUUUU